ACAGCUGGUGACGUCAUCACGCCGGCCGCUCACUGACACCGCAAGGAAAACAUUCCGAAGCCAUUUUAGCUGGUGAAGCUGCGGAGCUGCCCCAACCUGUCGUGCAGUGCAGCGGGCGAUGCCCCGGGCAGGAGCAGCAAGGGACGGGAAGAUCUCGGAGCUCAUUGAUACCAGGAUGAUCAGGAGACUGACCCGAUGCUGAUGUGAAGAAAGGAACCCUGCGGGCACCAUGCCGACAGCAUCGGCACUACCCAAAGAGCUGUAUCUUUCCACCUCCCUGUCCGAGCUUAAUAAGAAAGCUGAAGUUAAAGCAGACACAUCCAGUACAAAGAGCUAUGUCUCCACUGCUUGCAAGAUCUUUCAGAAGGCAGAGGAGUGCAGACUUGACAGAGAUGAAGAAAAAGCUUAUGUCCUCUAUAUGAAAUUUUUAUUUGUAUUUGAACUUGUGAAAAAAAGGUCGGAUUUCAAGCAGAACCAGGACUACUACAAGUCAUUACUUGGGCCUAGUACCAUCUUAAAAUCAAUUGAAGAAGCAGAAAAGCUCUCGAAAAGUCUCAAAAACAGGUAUGAGGAAGCUGAAGUUCGAAAGAGGCUCGAAGAAAGAGACAAGGAAGUACAGAGAAAAAAAGAGGUCCGUUCUGUGCCGAAAGAUGAUCCUGAAGUCUCUCAACAAACUGAUAAUAUAAAUGGUGAUAAAAAAGAGCUUGGACGUAAGAAUGAAGUCUCUUCAAAGGUCCCUAAUGGAUCUAUAACUCCGGAAAAACUGUUUGUGAUGAUGAAGGACCCAGGUAUUACUGUUGUUAUAAUGGAUGCACGCCGAGCUAAGGAUUUUGAGGAAUCUCAUAUUAUUUCUUCUAUAAAUAUUCCUGAGGAGGCCAUAUCUCCUGGAUUUACAGCAACCAGAAUUGAGAGCAGCCUUCCUGAAGCAUCAAAGGAUUCAUGGGACACCAGAAGUCAUGCUGAUUAUGUUAUUUUGCUGGACUGGUUCAGUUCUGUCAGUGACUUAAAACUUGGUACAACUCUUCAGAGCUUAAAAGAUGCUCUCUUUAAGUGGGAAACCAAGGUUAUCCUGAAAAGUGAGCCUUUAGUUUUAGAUGGUGGCUAUGAAAAUUGGCUUUUCUGCUAUCCAAUGUACACCACAAAUGGGAAAGUAUCUGUGCCAAGAAGAAACAAAGAUGAAAACGCAGUCUUGUCAUUGAAUUUUAGCUAUCCCUCUCUGGAAGAGCCACCACCGCCACCACCUCCUCCACCUGCUGUUCAGGUCCAACCUUCUCCAGUGUAUUCACCAGAUGUUCAAGAUGGAGAAAGAAAAGUCAUUCAAGCAGUAAAACUAGAAGAACCAAUCAGUAUAAUUCAGGAGUCAGAGCCAGCAGGUCCUGUACAGCCUGCAGAACCUACCAAGCUUAUCCCUCAGAUUGAUCGCACUAAGAAGCCAACUGUUGUAAUUGGUGAUAAUUCAAAAAUACCUAGGAAUGAAGUGAAAGAAAACAAUCCAGUUCAAAAUGUUAAAAUUAUUCCUGAUCGUUCUACAAAGCCAUCUUUAGACACCAAACCUCCCAAAGUAGAAAUCCAUUCUUCAUCAGAUAGUACCACACCGGAUAAAUAUCAAGACAAAAAACAAGACCCAGACAAGGGUGACAUCAGGGACACUAGUACUCAAGAAGAAAAAGAAAUCAAUCCGGUCAAUACCAGAGAAUCUGACUCUGGGACUCCACAGAAAAAACAAGAAUCCGUGGACAAAGUUUUUAUUGAUAAGGAAAUUAAGAAAGCUGGUCCAGAGCAAAAUGUGAAAAAGAAAGAUGUGACGGUGUCCGCUGUUCCGAAGAAGCAUGAAGGGGUUAAAGGGCUUCAAGACGACAAAGCGGAGCCGGUUACAAAAGAUAUUGCUGAAGACGAUCGGCCUAAAAGAGAGCCCUUGAUGCGAGCUCGAAGUGAAGAGAUGGGUAGAACAGUUCCUGGAAUGCCUGAAGGCUGGGUUAAGUUCCUUGAUGCUGUAACCGGUACUUACCGCUAUUAUCAUUCACCAACGCACACGGUUCACAUGUAUCCACCUGAAAUGGCUCCCUCAACUGCUCCUUCAUCAACUCCAGUUCAGAAAGUGAAGCCUCAAGCCCAUUCAGAUGUAGACAAGGAGCAAACAAAGUUGAAACGAUCAUAUUCUUCACCAGAUUUAUCCCAGGCUAUUAAAGAUGAGGAAAAGAAGAAGCCAACACCGCAGAUCAACCGAGAAAAUAAACCAGCAACCCACACGAAAACCGAGAUCACAAAGUUAUCCGCAUCUAAGAUCCGCAGCCUCAAUCCCGUAUUUGGAGGUGCAGGCCCCGCACUUACCGGUCUGAGGAAUCUUGGCAACACUUGUUACAUGAAUUCCGUCUUACAGUGUCUCUGUAACACUCCUCACUUGGCAGAGUAUUUCCACAAGAACUAUUACCAAGCAGAUAUUAACAGAUCUAAUCUUCUAGGUCAUAAAGGAGAAGUGGCUGAGGAAUUUGGUGUGGUAAUGAAGGCUCUUUGGACAGGUCAAUAUAAAUACAUUACUCCUAAAGACUUCAAGGUGACCAUUGGGAAAAUCAAUGACCAGUUUGCUGGGUUCAGCCAGCAAGACUCCCAGGAGCUCCUGUUAUUCCUAAUGGAUGGGCUCCAUGAGGAUCUCAAUAAGGCUGACAACAGGAAGAGACAUAAGGAAGAAAACAACGAUCACUUGAAUGACGCUCAGGCUGCAGAUAUAGCUUGGAUAAAGCACAAGCAACUCAAUGAAUCCAUUAUAGUCGCGCUUUUCCAAGGCCAGUUCAAAUCGACCGUGCAGUGUCUAACUUGUCACAAAAAGUCUCGAACAUUUGAAGCUUUCAUGUACUUGUCUCUGCCCCUUCCAUCAAGCAAAUGUUCUCUUCAGGAUUGCCUUAAGUCUUUUUCCAAAGAAGAGAAACUCACGGAUAAUAACAGGUUUUUUUGUAGCAACUGUAAAACUAGAAGAGAUUCCACAAAGAAAAUAGAAAUUUGGAAACUUCCGCCAGUCCUUCUUGUGCACUUAAAACGAUUUUCUUAUGAAGGGCGCUGGAAACAAAAACUUCAAACACAUGUGGAUUUUCCUUUGGAACACCUUGAUUUGUCUCAAUAUGUCAUAGGACCCAGGACAUUUAAGAAAUACAGUUUAUUUGGAGUAUCAAAUCAUUACGGUGGAUUGGAUGGUGGGCAUUAUACUGCUUACUGCAAGAAUGCAAUGAGACAGAGGUGGUUUAAGUUUGAUGACCAUGAAGUGUCAGAAAUAUCAGUAUCCUCAGUGAAGACCUCGGCUGCGUACAUCCUCUUUUACACUUCUUUGGAUCUUCGAGGAGCUGAGUUUUUGACAUAAGCAUUUGUCCUGUCGUCCACCUGAAAAGCUCUUUGGAAAUUGCUACAUCAAUAAAGUAGAUGUUUCUACAUAGUUUGGAGUCUGAAUGCUAAAAGAAAUGAUCUCAUUUCAGCACAUUGGUCGUAUAUUGUGCUCUGAUGAUGAUCUGGUAUGGCACUUGAGGUAAGACAUGCAAGGAGAUGGGGAAGGUGCAGCCAUGUUUUGAAUAUCAUGCAGCUCCUAGAGUUGCCACCUGUACUGACCGCUGUAUAAUAAAGCAUGGAAUGGUAGCAUUAGAUGAUCUCCACCUCCGAUCCUCUUUGUGGACCAGUCUAUGCUACACAUGUAAUACUGGCGGGAAAGGAAUCUUGACGUUUGGAGCACUCUGCAACCGAUCUUAUUGCUAUACAGUAAAAAGAAAACUACAGCAGCAAGAUGCUGAAAAUGCCUUGGAUAUGUCCUGAUUAAACCCUCAAUAAGUAGUUUCUCGUCUGUCUAGUGUCCUUUUCAAUAUGCUUCUCUACUGUGACAUAGAAACGGUCUGGGCAGAAUGUAUUUGAAUGGAUGACGGCUUACUUGCACAUCACUCCUAUGUAUAUAACUUUUAUGGUUGAAUAUUCUAUUUGUGUAAAAUACCUAUAGUACUUGAUAAAUUGUUGUCUAAUAUCGGAACCAGUCCAUUUAAUUGAGGAUGUAUACAGUUACUUUUCCAAGAUCACAAUUAUACCGAUUGUUCCAUUAGCAGCAGCAGAACGCAGAAGAUAUUAAAUAUUUCACAACUUCUUAUUUGUGGGUUACUUGUUGUACAAAGCUUACCGGAACUCUAUUAUGAGCUUUACUGUACAUGUGGUUUGUUAGGUAACCUGCUCCAAAAGCAACUGCACUGCACAAUCAUAAAGAAGAUAGAUAUAUGUAUAUAUACAUGUUCCCUAUGUUUAUUGCUUAGGAGAUGACCACUAAGCCUUUGUAUGAGAGUGGUCUGAAUCUGAAGACUGACAGUAUCAGUUAUUCACCUGCAUGUCUGAUAUUAGGUGGCCUUUGACGUCUGGUGGCCAUAAUGCCAUAAUUGCUGCUUAACCUUUCUGUUCCCAAAGUGGCUGCCAAAUAGGUGGUCCGUCCAGUUUAUUCCAUGAUUGAUGCCUCUUUAGGAUUUUGUUUCACCUAGGUGCUUCUCUUAUAUCAUUGCAUGAUUCAUCAUAAAAUGUAUUGAUUUCUCCAGUCUCCUCACUGAAGUUUCAGUGCAGCUUUUUCUCAACCAUUAGUACAUGGAGCUGCACAACAGUCUCACGUACCUGCAUUUUAGAUGUGAUUUACAUUUCUUUCUUUCUUAGACCAUCUACAUGUAAUCCAGCCCCAGCAGGCCUCAACAUGCUUAUAGUUAAUAUGUAUGAGAGGCGUGCUCUGAGUAACAAGACUGUCUCCAGGCGUAUCUAUCAAAAAUGCUUCAUUCCAGUGCAUUAUCUUUCUGUUGAAAUUUUGUGGAAAAAGAAAAUAUAUAUAUGCACUUAAUUUUCUCUAGAAAUGCAUUCUAUGAAAUAAAGUUUUUUCUUCUA